AGUAUUAGUCUGUUGAGUUUGGUUUAGUGGAUAUUUAUUCAGGAAUUUUACAAAAACAAGGAAACAGAGAAGAGGAAUAGUGCCGUGCAGAUGACCUCGGGGUUCAGGCGACACUCAAAUACCUGCUUCUCCUCUGGGUUUAUUACCAUCUCUUACUUGGUUGACGUUUAGACAUAUUGCAGGAGAUAGUUGAAAAGCAGAGGUUGACUGCAUUUCCAGUGGUGUUUCGCUCUGCUGGUAUUUGUUCCUCGGUGCUGCUGUGCAAAGGGCCAGAGCUGCAUCCAACGGAUCUUUUCUUCAGGUUGUGCAGGCUGGCUGCCUUGAUGUCGUAGUUACUGAUGUUGGCUGCCGACGAACCUUAUUCCUUUACAUUUGCCUGGUCCUCAUUUAACCGGAAAACACAGUAGCUGUAGCUGCACAUAGACUUCUCCUCUUUCUGUUUCCCCCUCAUCCCCCUCCCUAGACUUCUCUGGGCUUUGACGUCAUGUGUGCUCCUUUCAGUUGCCAUAGCAACCCCAUUCCCCAAGCCCUGUGUCCGUCUCCUCUGGUAGGUUCCACAAUGGUACAGGCAGCAUCACGCUGCACAAUGGUUUCCAGGCAGUGAAAGAGGGUGAUUCAGCAAGCCACUCUUCUUCUUUUUUCUUUAACCUCCCCUUCACUUUUUAUUUUUAUGGGGGUGGGUGGUGCUUGCUAUAUGCUUACCUUUUUCUUUUCUUUUUUCAUUUUUACAAAUCUCCUUUUUUGUCCUCACCCCUCGAUUCCUAGGGGCUUGAGUGAGUUUAAGAUUGGGUUUUCUUGGAAAUCACCUGUCCGUCGUUAAUUUUAAACAAUUUCCCUAUCUCCAAAGAAUCUCUUCCAUAUUACAGUCUGGAAUGUGGUUAAUGAAAAACAAGUAGGGAGGAUUUCUGGGGCAAACACUGCCGAAUCAGGAUCGUAGUUCUCAGGCACGGAAUGGCUAGUGUGAGAAACACCAACGGCAGGCCCAUCUCAGAUCUUCACUAUGGCAACUCAUACAAGAAGCUGUUGAAUUAGACCUGUUUCCUAUAGAUGAGAAUCCAUACAAGCUGUGGUAUUUAUGAGCCUCCAUUUCUUAUACUACUGCAGUGAACCAACAUUGGAUGUGAAAAUUGCCUUUUGUCAGGGAUUCGAUAAACAAGUGGAUGUGUCAUAUAUUGCCAAACAUUACAACAUGAGCAAAAGCAAAGUUGACAACCAAUUCUACAGCGUGGAAGUGGGAGACUCAACCUUCACAGUUCUCAAGCGCUACCAGAAUCUAAAGCCUAUUGGCUCUGGGGCUCAGGGCAUAGUUUGUGCCGCGUAUGAUGCUGUCCUUGACAGAAAUGUGGCCAUUAAGAAGCUCAGCAGACCCUUUCAGAACCAAACCCAUGCCAAGAGAGCGUACCGGGAGCUGGUCCUCAUGAAGUGUGUGAACCAUAAAAACAUUAUUAGUUUAUUAAAUGUCUUCACACCCCAGAAAACGCUGGAGGAGUUCCAAGAUGUUUACUUAGUAAUGGAACUGAUGGAUGCCAACUUAUGUCAAGUGAUUCAGAUGGAAUUAGACCACGAGCGAAUGUCUUACCUGCUGUACCAAAUGCUGUGUGGCAUUAAGCACCUCCACUCUGCUGGAAUUAUUCACAGGGAUUUAAAACCAAGUAACAUUGUAGUCAAGUCUGAUUGCACAUUGAAAAUCCUGGACUUUGGACUGGCCAGGACAGCAGGCACAAGCUUCAUGAUGACUCCAUAUGUGGUGACACGUUAUUACAGAGCCCCCGAGGUCAUCCUGGGGAUGGGCUACAAGGAGAACGUUGACAUGUGGUCAGUAGGGUGCAUCAUGGGAGAAAUGAUAAAAGGUGCAGUGCUGUUUCCUGGCACUGAUCAUAUUGACCAGUGGAAUAAGGUAAUUGAACAACUAGGAACACCAUGUCCAGAAUUCAUGAAGAAAUUGCAACCCACAGUAAGAAACUAUGUGGAGAAUCGGCCCAAGUAUGCGGGACUCACCUUCCCCAAGCUCUUCCCAGAUUCCCUCUUCCCAGCGGACUCCGAGCACAAUAAACUCAAAGCCAGCCAAGCCAGGGACUUGUUGUCAAAGAUGCUAGUGAUUGACCCAGCAAAAAGAAUAUCAGUGGACGACGCCUUACAGCAUCCCUACAUCAACGUCUGGUAUGACCCAGCCGAAGUGGAGGCGCCUCCACCUCAGAUAUAUGACAAGCAGUUGGAUGAAAGAGAACACACAAUCGAAGAAUGGAAAGAACUUAUCUACAAGGAAGUAAUGAACUCAGAAGAGAAGACUAAAAAUGGCGUAGUAAAAGGACAGCCUUCUCCUUCAGGUGCAGCAGUGAACAGCAGUGAGAGUCUCCCUCCAUCCUCGUCUGUCAAUGACAUCUCCUCCAUGUCCACUGACCAGACCCUGGCAUCUGACACUGACAGCAGCCUGGAAGCUUCGGCAGGACCCCUGGGUUGUUGCAGGUGACUAGCCGCCUGCCUGCGAAACCCAGCGUUCUUCAGGAGAUGACGUGAUGGAACACACACACAUACACAGACACUCAUGCACACUCACAAAUGCAGACACACAACAUCAAGAAAGCAGCAAGGGAGGGAAUCCAAGCCUAAAAUUAAAUCAAUCUUUCAGCCUGCUUCUUCCCCAGAGUUCUGUAUUGCAGCUGAGCUCAAAUGUAUAUUUAACUUCUAGUUGCUCUUGCUUUGGUCUUCUUCCAAUGAUGCUUACUACAGAAAGCAAAUCAGACACAAUUAGAGAAGCCUUUUCCAUAAAGUGUAAUUUUAAUGGCUGCAAAACCAGCAACCUGUAACUGCCCUUUUAAAUGGCAUGACAAGGUGUGCAGUGGCCCCAUCCAGCAUGUGUGUGUCUCUAUCUUGCAUCUACCUGCUCCUUGGCCUAGUCAGAUGGAUGUAGAUACAGAUCCGCAUGUGUCUGUAUUCAUACAGCACUACUUACUUAGAGAUGCUACUGUCAGUGUCCUCAGGGCUCUACCAAGACAUCAUGCACUGGGGUACCACAUGGUCCAUUUCAUGUGAUCUAUUACUCUGACAUAAACCCAUCUGUAAUAUAUUGCCAGUAUAUAAGCUGUUUAGUUUGUUAAUUAAUUAAACUGUAUGUCUUAUAAGAAAACAUGUAAAGGGGGAAUAAAUGGGGGGAGCGAGCUCUCUCAGACCCUUGAAGAUGUAGCUUCCAAAUUUGACUGGAUUAAAUGGCACCUGUAUACCAAUUUGUAGAAAGAACAUAUGUGAUACUUAUGUAAAGUGUGGGGGGAGUGGGUCGUAGUUUUCAGGCACGAAAUGGUUUGGCCUUUAGGAGGCAGGUGUGAAUAAAAGCUGAGAGACUUUUCUGUGACAGUGAAGAGUAGGAGAGACUGGAGAGUAGUGUGCGUUAUGGACUAAGACUAAAAGGAGGUUAUUACCCAGAUACUAAGAGACACUGGUGUCCCUAUUUUAGAUAUUUGGCCCUAUUCCCAUUUGUCAUUUCUCAAUUACUGGUCACAACAAGAGGCCACUGGAGAAAGUGGCAGGUGGUGAAGCAAGGUUAUUGCGUGUGCUUUUGAUGAUAAGAAUCUCUCUCUGGAACUGAGCAGAAUUGCCUCCGUGUGAAUUCCUUCAACAAAAAAAUGAGCCUGCCUACACUACUUUCAGGUUGUGGAUUAUGUUUUCCAUGUGAGGGCAGCUUCCCUGGUUCAUACUCUACCAAAGUUUUGUUUUGAGAAAUAAUAUCACUUUCCUCUUCUGAAAUUAAAAAAAAAAAAAAGUCAAUAAGAAUAAAACCCCCAAAGCACAGUGUGAGUCUCAGGUUAGCAUUUUAAAACAUCUCCAGAGACAUUGUUAUUCCUCAGGAGUUUCCCCGACUCUUUGAUGUGGCUAACGUUUCAUGUUUAUUUAUUUAUUUUCAUAAGUAUGAGCAAUCGAAGAAGGGCUAUCAUCUGAGUUUUGUACUGCAGUAGAUGUAAGAGCAAUAACUCUGCCCAUAAAUUUGCUGCUGCCAAAUAGUUCUAGCAAUAUGAGUUUACCUUAAAAGCCAUGAAGCAUUAAUGUCAAUGUUUAGCAAAAUCUCCUGAAUUUGGCUUAAAUUAAAUGAAAGUGCUUUCCUGAGCACUUAAGGAGGCACUGUGAAACAUCUUGGUUAUAUAAAAGGCAAUACCAAGGUGAUCUCAGCAAUAAUUGGUUCAGGCUUCCCUUCUUAUUCACUUCAAAGUAUCCAUCACAGUUAUUUGCACUCUGACCAUGUUGGUGCUCACCAAAGUGGUGAUAUUUCACCUGAAGAAGUGAAAGACAGGAAGUGGAUGGUUGAUGAGUGUGAACUGACUGGUAAAUAGAAUACCCCCAAAACAGAGCAAACAAGAAUGCCAGUGCUCUGAAAACUGCCUUAAAUAUAAUAAUAGGGAACUUUCUUUCUCUCUUCAAGCAAUAGAGUCCACAGAGAACUGCACCCACCUGCACCAUCGCCAUGCCAGCGGUGCUGCCAUUCUGAGAUUGUUUCACACAGAUUCAGUACAUGUGAUCAUUUGCUCAAAAUAAAGAGAAGAACAUUCCUUUGUGCAGCUU